UUAUUAUUUUGAUUGCAUUGCCAUUGUUGACGAAGCUCAGACUACGUUUAAAUAUUAAAAGAAAAUACAGUUGACAUGGCUGCCGUCCGUCGUGAUAUAGCGCCGUUUCUGCAACGCGUACGCGCCUUCCUCCUGGGCCGUGAACACACUGUUGCGCUGCGCUUUGAGGAUGGCUUGGCUGAUCGCACACAGCCGCAGCCGGAGCUGCCGGACGGCCCCUCACACCAACUCUCGGCCAACUACUAUUGCUCCCGCGACGCACGUCGCGAGGUGCAGCCCCCCAUUGACCUGGUGCAGCAACAGAAACUGAUUGACGCCGCAACCGAAGGUGCACCCAAGGCCCGCCACCAGCUGCCCACGCCCGGCAAAGUCUAUGCAUGGGACUAAGCCCGAUUAGUGACCAGCUCGAUUGCACGCAAUCUACUGAUUGUAAAUUAAAUAUUUUUUUUGUGCGAAUGCCGUUUAAUUUUAAAUAUAGACAUUGUUAAACCACGGAGCAUUUU